GAGGUUUAUAAAGCUCAGGGGCGGGGCUUGCAUACAGCGGACAACAUCCUGAUGUAAUUUUCUCCAAAAUGGCGGAUCGCAAAGAAGAUGACAUCUUAUCAGAAAAGGAUGAGCCGGAGAGCGAGGAUGAGACCUAUGAGGUGGUGGACCUGACAGAGUACGCCCGGAGGCACCAAUGGUGGAGCAUGGUGUUUGGGAAUAACUCUGGUCCCCUCGCAGAGAAAUACUCUGUGACCACGCAGAUUGCGAUGGGAGGGGUCACUGGCUGGUGUGCAGGAUACUUGUUCCAGAGAGUAGGGAAGAUAGCUGCAACUGCCAUAGGUGGAGGGUUCCUGUUAUUACAGAUAGCGAAUCACAGUGGCUACGUGCAGGUGGACUGGAAGAAAGUGGAGAAGGACGUGAACAAAGCAAAGAAACACCUGAAGAAGAGAACCAAGCAAGCAGCCCCUGAAAUUAACUCCUUCUUCGAGGAGGUAAAGGCCACAGAGUUUGUCAAGAAGAACAUUGUCCUGUCUAGCGGGUUUGUGGGUGGAUUCCUCCUGGGCUUGGCCUCCUAAUGGCGUCGGGGCCAAUUCACGACUGAGGAAGUCGUUACAUAGGAAGAAGGAAGCUGUCAUUACUGUGAACUGAAUCUCCACACAGGAUGUUGUCAUUAACUGUGAAUCGUUGUCUUUCUCCCAGCACGGAACUAGUCAUGAAACGGGUUUGGGAGGAGGCUGAACAUGUGAAGCUGCCACUUUAUGUCCCCCUGGCUGGUCUCUUCCGUUACUGCACAACUGAUCAGAGUCUAGCUUGUCCACCCUCUUUUUAUUCUAUUUAUCUGGUGGUUUCUGAUCCAGGAUCAGUUGUUUGGGCCUGUUGAAUAUGACAUUUUAUACUUCAUAUUCAUAAUCCGCACUACCCCCAACAUCAAUGUAUGUGAAAAUGUCACGUUUCUAUUAUAUAUAUAUAUUUGUUCACCGUCAUAUGGUGUGUAUCAUGUGAUUUGAAUCAAUUAGUGAACAAUGCCUACUCAUAAUUAGUUGAAAUCACGAUGCACACCAGAUGAUGCCAUUAGAAAAACUAAUUUUGACUUCAAAACAUAGAAACAUGGCAUUUUCACAUAUGUUGAUGUUAGGGUAGUUCUGGAGAUGAUGAAUACAAUGUUGAAAAUGUUAGAAAUGUUACUUUAAGUGCACAACGCGACACCUCUUGAUAUACUACUAAUAUACUGUACCACACACUGGACAUAGGAUUCCUUGGCCCCUGUCUAUCUGGUGCCCUCUUUUACCUGGAAUAACAGGUCUAGGAUCAGGAAUGUGUCCCAAAUGCCCAUAGUGCACUACAUUUGACCAGAGCCCUAUGUAGGAAAUUAGGGUGCCAUUUGGGACACAAGCCAGCUCUGUAAUGUACUGUAGGUAUAUCAGUGUGCAGGUUAGCGUUUUUCAUAAGGAAUAUUUUUCUGGGGGCAGCUCUGCAGAAUGGUCACUAGCUGGCACAGCCACAAAAUCUGAUUUUAAAUCUAACUGUUAACCCUAAUGCCUAACCUUAAAUUUAGACCAAAAAGUUUAAUGUAGUUUUCAUGAAUUUUUACAAUAUAGCCAAUUCUGACUUUGCAGCUGGCCUAUCCGGCGGAUUUGCUUAGUUCUGCCUCCAGGACAAGACUCAUUCCAAAACAUGUGAACCUGCUAUCAGUGUAGUCAUAGGAAAACAUGUGAUUUAGUCAUGUGUAGAAUAUACUAUCAGUUUUAUAGAUAGAAGGAAAUGUACAGUGUAAAGUCAGUGUUCAGUUGCUUAUGAGUUGUUCCAUAUUGUGUCUUUAACUAUUUAAAUAUUACGUGUCAGGAGUAUGAUUUUCCAUUAGUUUCUGUACUUCACCAAGUGCACAUUAACUUCUUACUGCCGUUAACCUCCAUAUGUUCUGACCUCCUGAGUGCUAUUUUGAAAUCUUGAUAACCAACCAACCAUAACUAUAGAUUUGUCUUAUGAUUCUGUUUUGUCAAAUAAAGUUGCCUGAUUUUUGUUGGUUAGCAAUGUUAA